ACAUUUUUUUAUGCAUAAGAAGGUACAUUUUAUCAUUUUUUCAGUUACUAUAGUCUAAAAAUAAUAGACAAGAUUUGACAUAUAUUAAAGUCGGAAGAAAACGGCAUCUCCAUGGGAAGAAAAGUAUACAUCACAAGAUCUGUAUCAAUAUGUGCCGCACAUCGACUGCAUUCUUCUCGUUUAAGUGACGAAGAAAAUGCAAAUGUCUACGGCAAAUGCAAUCAUAUACAUGGCCAUGGACAUAACUACAGAAUUGAAGUCACAUUAUGUGGAAUACCGGAUGAAUAUGGAAUGGUUAUGAAUUUAACAAAAUUGAAGAAAAUAAUGGAGGACGUCAUAAUGAAACCAAUGGACCAUAAAUUUAUAGACAAAGACAUAGAAUACUUUCAAACGGUACCAUCGACUGCAGAAAACAUUGCAAUUUACAUAUGGGAUGAGAUGAAGAAACGAAUAAAAGAAGGGUUGCUUUAUGAAGUGCGAAUACGUGAAACGGACAACAACGUUGCCUAUUAUAAAGGAGAAGAAUCUUAGCACAUCAACAGAUGAUCAAUACAAAAGCACGCCAAACGUAACAUUAUGAAAGCCUAAGUUUAUUAAAUAUUACACCAUAUUCGGGUAGUACGGUACAUAUUCAUUGUAAAUAAUAACCUGUUUACUUGAACUAUUUUAAAUACACCUCAUUAUUC